AUGAUGCACGCGGCAAAGGAAUGCGGGAAAUGCUCCUCCGGCGGUCUAGUCGGACAGAUGGUCGGAUGUGAUAUGUGCGACGUCUGGUUCCACGCCGGUUGCGUCGGCGAAACGGAGACAAGUCUCAACCCAGAUAGGACGUGGAAGUGCAGCCUUUGUUCCAAGGAGGAUGCCGGGGAAGUUGCUAGUCGCCACACGAGUAAGUCAGUGAGAAGCUCAGCGAGUAGUAGAGCACGGAGGGAACUUCUACUGCAGCAGCUGGAGGAGCAGCGCGCUUUGAAACUGAAGCAGCGGGCGGAAGAAGAUAAAAUCCGUAAGAAGCGGGCUGAGGAGGAUGAGGCCUUUCUUCAGCAAAAGUUGGACCUUAUCCUGGAGGAAGACGACGAAAGCAGAAGCAGCAGACUGAGUAGUCGAGCAAGCCGGAAGAAAGUGGUGGAUUGGCUCAGCAAUAGCCAAGGUGAUCGGGUAGCAAUCGGGUUGUCGCACAACGGAGCCUACCCUCAAUUGCCUGUACCGCUCGCAUCGACAUCAACCGGUCGCUCAACGGGGCCGGCACAUCCUGCUUCUGAGCCAGCGGCUGGAAUUCCCACUUCGUCAUCAACACCACAGUCAGGUAAAGCGAUAGGAGUAGACAUCCCUCAGACUAGUUUAUCACAGCAGGUAGAACCAAUAUCCUCCAGUACAAGUAUUAGGCGAGACAAUCUCGAGUCUAGGUCCCCAGUACAGCCUUGUUCCUCGACAAUGUACACAGUUAGACAGUCAUUUCCUCGCGUUGUCAAUGGUCAAACUUCCCACGUGAACCACAUAUUCGGAAAUUGCGUUUCUAAAUCAAUUGCUGACACAAAAGUGACCUUUUCGGGCCAGUUUGGAGAAGUAGUUCCUCCCAAAUGUCAAACGAUUGCUGGUCGUAUGCCAGUGCCACGAAAUUCGAUGAUCAGUUCGGUCGUCGGUAUGUCAACAGAAGCAUCAGUAGUUCCUCCAUGUGAUACCGUACCCUACGCGAGUGUAACAUACCCAACGACAUCAGCAGCUAUUCAACAUCCGCAAGCAAAUCAGCGACCAGCAUCGGCUAAUCUGAUGAUUGGUUCCGCCGGUUUGGAGUCCACGCCGCCCGGUGUGCAUCACUUUGGAGCGUCGCAAACGGGAACAUCGCACCAACCGGUGCCCAGUAGUGCACAAUUGGCGGCGAGACAGGUGAUGCCACGCGAGUUACCGGACUUUUCCGGGGAUCCACAAGACUGGCCGUUGUUUUCCAGCUCCUUCUACAAUUCAACGGCAGCGUGUGGGUUCACAGACGCGGAGAACCUAGCUAGGCUUCAACGGUGUCUGAAAGGACACGCACUGGAUUCGGUGAAGAGUCGUUUGUUGAUGCCUGAAUCAGUGCCGCAUGUAAUGGAAACGUUGCGCAAACUGUAUGGCAGGCCAGAAGUGCUCAUCCACACACUCCUGCGAAGACUACGAAGCGUUCCGCCUCCGAGAUCGGAGAAUCUGCAAUCGGUCAUCACUUUCGGAAUGGCUGUGAGAAACCUAGUCGACCAUAUGUUUGUGGCACAGCUGCUGGAUCAUCUCCGUAACCCUAUGCUGCUACACGAGUUGGUGGAGAAACUUCCGUCAUCGAUGAAAAUGCAGUGGUCGUGGUACAAACGCUCGCAAACAGAUGUGAACCUGGCGACAUUUGGAGCGUUUAUGGAUGAGCUAGUCAACACAGCUUCAGACGUCACUUUUCCAGUUGACACCCUAGCUCAGCACUCAACAACAGGCCAAACUGGAAGGGAGAAGCAGAAGUUUUACGUGCAUGUAGAGUCAGGAGAGGAACAUGCCGUGAUUCAGACUACAGAAGGCAGAUCAAAAUCAUCACCCUGGCAGGACAGAAGCAAUAAAUCCUGCCACUACUGUACCGCUGAGGAGCACAUUUCACAGUGCCCACAGUUCAAGGCUCUGGAUGUAGAUGGGAGGUGGAAGGCAAUCCGUUCUAAAGGUCUCUGCAGAACCUGUUUGAUUCCGCAUCGAAGAUGGCCCUGUCGUUCACGAAAGGAGUGUGAAAUCGACGGUUGCCGAUUACGCCAUCACGCACUGUUGCAUUCGCGAACUGAUGCCAGUGUUAAUCGGAGUUCGUCCGAGAGUAGGAUGUCAUCGAACGAGGCGAGAGUUACCCAACAAAAUCAUCAUUCGACACUGAGCUACUGUCUGUUUCGUUACCUACCGGUGACACUAGAAAUGAACGGGAAACAGGUGGAAACCUUCGCCUUUUUGGAUGAUGGCUGCCAAACAACCCUCAUGGAAGCAGGACUGGCAGCUGAUCUAGACAUCGCCGGGCCGGGUGAAUCACUCUGGCUUGGAUGGACGGGUAACAUAACACGAGAGGAAAAUGGAUCGCAGCGCGUAACAUUGAACAUUUCCGGCAGUGGUAUGAGCAGCAAAUACAAAUUGAAUAACGUACGUACAGUUCAGAGGCUUCAACUGCAAGGGCAGACGUUCCAGUACGAGGAGUUGAAGAAGACGUACCCACAUCUACGCGGCCUUCCGCUGCGCAGUUACGUCAAUGCUGUGCCAAGACUCAUCAUCGGCAUUGAACAUGCACAACUGUUAACGGCAUUGAAGGUGCGAGAGGGCAAAUCAAACGACCCAGUAGCUGUUAAGACUAGACUGGGAUGGUGUGUCUACGGCAAGCAGGCGAUUGGAGAGGGCUUACCUGUUGAGCGAUUGCAUCUUCACACCGAGGAGCAACAAAUGGGAAACCGUGAGCUACAUGAUUUGAUGAAGCAGUACUUCGCUGUUGAGGAAGCGGCGGUGGCUACCCCGAUCGAGUCUGUGGAUGACAGCCGAGCUCGACGGAUUCUGGAGCAGACAACACGUAGAACGCGGGGAGGAUUCGAGACCGGAUUGCUCUGGAGAUACGACAAACCUGUAUUUCCAGACAGCUAUCCACUAGCAAUGCGUAGACUACAGUGUUUAGAAAAGCGACUCAAUAAGGAUGAAGGCCUGAGAAACAAAGUUAUUGCUCUUAUACGUGACUAUGAGGCGAAAGGCUACGCGCACAAGAUUACCCAAGAAGAGCUAGAAUCCACCGAUUCGUGUCAAACUUGGUUCCUUCCACUGGGGGUAGUAAGAAACCCAAAGAAGCCGGAGAAAAUCCGUCUUAUCUGGGAUGCUGCUGCGCAAGUACAUGGAACGUCGUUCAACGACAUGCUGCUGAAAGCACCGGACAUGCUGACGUCGUUGUUUGCUGUUCUGCUGAGGUUCAGGCAGAGAUCGAUCGCGGUGUGUGGAGACAUCCGCGAAAUGUUCCAUCAAAUUCGGAUCAUACCUCGGGACAAGCAGUAUCAACGGUUCAUACUUCGUGAGCACCCAGAUGAAGAACCCCAAAUCUACGUGAUGGACGUGGCAACAUUUGGAGCAACAUGCUCGCCUUGCUCGUCUCAGUUCGUCAAGAACAAAAACGCAAAAGAGUUGGAGUCGGACUUCCCAGAAGCAGCUGAAGCGAUCAUCAACGCGCACUAUGUCGAUGAUUACCUCGACAGCGUAGACUCCAUAGAAAAAGCAGUAAAGCUGGUAAAGGAUGUAAGGCACGUACACGCUCUAGGUGGCUUCGAAAUUCGAAACUUCGUUUCAAACUCCCCAGAAGUCUUGCGGCAGUUGGGAGAGCCAAGGAGCUUGCACAAGAAGUCGCUUGAUCUAGAUGGCUCGGUAAACAUCGAGCGUGUACUCGGGAUGGUGUGGAAGCCAAAUGAGGAUGUGUUCACAUUCGACGUAGUGCUAAAAGAGGAUUUGAAACAGUUUCUAGUGCAGUCAGUCAUGCCCACAAAGCGGCAAGUGCUACGGCUGGUGAUGUCGCUGUUCGAUCCCUAUGGAUUCAUCGCUCAUUUCGUCGUCCACGGCACAAUUCUAAUGCAACACAUUUGGAGGACGGGUACAGAAUGGGAUGAAGUGAUUGCGCCGGAGCUGCACCAAAUGUGGAGAGAUUGGAUUCGUCUACUGGAGCGUUUACAGGAAGUUGAAGUUCCACGUUGUUUCUUCGGUUCGACUAGCAGCCAAAUACCUGCAAACAUACAGCUGCACGUAUUUGUCGACGCCAGCGAGCAAGCUUAUGCAUGCGCGGCCUAUUUGCGUAUAGUGCAAGCUGGAGCUAUCCACUGUGUUCUCGUUGCAGCUAAAACAAAAGUAGCCCCUUUGAAACCACUGUCGAUUCCUCGGCUGGAACUCCAAGCUUGUAUUAUUGGAUGCCGACUAAUGGAAACAGUCAAGGCAGCUCUGAAUCUCAACAUCGAAGAGCGUUAUUUCUGGACAGAUUCCACAACAGCCCUCGCUUGGAUUAAAUCCGAUAGCCGAAGGUAUCAUCCCUAUGUAGCGUUCCGAGUAGGAGAAAUUCUCAACAGCUCUAACAUUGACGAGUGGCAUCACGUUCCAUCGAAGCAGAAUGUAGCCGACUUGGCCACGAAAUGGGGAUGCGGACCAGACUUUCUACCGGACAGUCGCUGGUACAUCGGAGAACUUUUUCUCUACCAAUCCAAAUCGGAAUGGCCGAAGCAGGUCCAGAAACAACAGUGUUACACAGAAGAGGAAGUACGCGCUGUCUACCAUCUCCAUCGGGAACUACCACAACCACUUAUCGAUGUGACAAGGUUCUCCAAUUGGAAUCGAUUGAUUCGGACGGCAGCAUAUGUGUAUCGGGCGUUAAAAAAGUUUCGGAAUGAGAAAAUCCAUGGAAUCUUAACUAGUGACGAGCUGCUACAGGGAGAAAAUCUUUUGUGGCGUCAGACGCAGUUUCAAGCCUUUCCGGACGAAUAUACUGCGCUGGAAUAUAACAGUCAGCAUCCAACGGAGGAACCGAUAAGUCUGGAAAAGUGCAGCAAACUAUAUACAGAAUCGCCGUUUAUAGAUGAUUCGGGGGUGAUUAGGAUGAACAGUAGGAUUUUGGCAGCACCUAGCGCUUCUUUUGAAACGAAAUAUCCAGUGAUAUUGCCGAAAGAUCAUCCCACUACUCGCCUCUUGGUUGAUAGUUAUCACCGCCGUUUUCUACAUGGCAACAACAAUACAGUCUUCAACGAAGUUCGACAACGCUUCAGAGUUCCCCAACUACGAUCUAUCAUCAAACGGAUUUCUAAUGAAUGCCAGCACUGUAAAAUAAAGAAAGCCGAACCCAGACCCCCCAUGAUGGCACCGCUUCCAGCUGUACGGCUAACUCCGAACAUCCGGGCAUUCAGUUAUAGUGGAGUGGAUUACUUCGGCCCUCUAUUAGUCAAACAGGGACGAAGCUUGGUGAAACGCUGGGUGGCACUGUUCACGUGUCUCACCAUACGUGCUGUGCAUUUAGAAAUCGUACACAGCUUGACUACGCAGUCCUGCGUAAUGGCCAUUCGUCGAUUCGUCAGCCGCAGAGGAGCCCCGGUUACGUUUUACUCUGACAACGGGACCUGUUUCAAGGGAGCGAACAGUCUACUUUGUGAGCAGAUCCAAUCAAUCCAUGAGAACUGCGCGGUAACUUUCACGAAUGCCAGGACAACGUGGCACUUCAAUCCGCCAUCGGCACCCCACAUGGGCGGAUGUUGGGAGCGGAUGGUUCGCUCUGUCAAGACCGCAAUGGCAGCUAUCGCAGGACACCCCCAGCACCCAAGUGACGAAGUGUUGGAGACCGUAGUAUUGGAGGCAGAAGCAAUUAUCAAUUCACGACCGCUGACUUUCAUUCCGAUCGAUGACGCCGAUCAAGAGGCUCUAACACCGAACCACUUCUUGCUCUACGGUUCUACAGGAGUUGUUCAACCAAGAUCAGCGUUCACAGUCGAAGGAACUACUCUACGAGAUAGCUGGAAACUUUCUCAGUACUUAGUAGAUCAAUUCUGGAAGCGGUGGGUUCUGGAGUAUCUGCCAACGUUGACUAGGCGUACAAAGUGGUUUCAAUCUACAAAACCGUUGGAUACCGGAGACAUCGUGUUUGUAGUUGAUGAGAGCAAACGGAGCGGAUGGCUGCGAGGACGGAUUAUUGAAGUUAUAAGAGGCAAGGAUGGACAGACCAGAAGAGCAGUCGUACGAACGAAAGAUGGAGUGCUAACGCGGCCUGCCGUUAAGCUAGCAUUACUGGACGUUAGUUCAAAUAGGAAUCAGUGUGCAGAUGAGGAUUCCCCGGAACUUCACGGGAGGGGGAAUGUAAAAAAUAACCACAGGGCAGCAGUGUUCAGCAACGCCACGCAUCAUCAGCCACAACAGCAGCAGCAGCGGCCUGAGCCUACAACUAGUCAACAAGCCCUCUCGCUUGCAGCGGAAGGGUUGAACCAAACCCAAAUCGUAGGUCAAGCUCCGUUCGUCACUUCGCUUCAGUGGGUUGUCUCUCCGUCCCGAAACGAAGCCAAACCUGCUUCAGUGUCUUCAAGUCACUCCUCGCAAGCUCUCGCUAGACUUAAACUUCAAAUGCUUGAGGAGAUAAGGAACGUCGAGCGGCGUGAAGUAGAGUGA